AUGCGGGGCGGCAUGGCGGACGGGCCGGGGGUUUCGGGCACGCCGAGCCGACACGAGAAGAGCCUGGGGCUCCUCACCGCCAAGUUCGUGUCGCUGCUGCAGGAGGCCAAGGACGGCGUGCUCGACCUGAAAGUGGCUGCAGACACGUUGGCUGUGCGGCAGAAGAGACGGAUAUACGACAUUACCAAUGUGCUGGAGGGAAUCGGCCUCAUUGAGAAGAAGUCCAAAAACAGCAUCCAGUGGAAGGGACUGGGUCCAGGCUGCAACACGCGCGAGGUGUCGGAGCGCCUCGUGUGCCUCAAGGCCGAGAUGCUGGAGCUGGAACGCCGCGAGCAGGAACUGGAGACGCAGCGGUCGUGGGUCCAGCAGAGCAUCCGCAACGUCACCGAGGAUGCCGGCAACGCCACGCUGGCGUACCUGCCCUACGAGGACCUGUGCCGCUGCUUCCGUGCGGACACACUGCUCGUCAUCAAGGCCCCGGUGGGAACGGAGCUUGAGGUGCCCUUCCCGGACAAUGUCUCCGGAGGCCAAUCCAAGUUCCAGAUCCACCUGCGCAGCCAGUCGGGCCCCAUCAACGUCCUGCUGGUGAACAAGGACAGCGGCGGCAGCUCCUCGCCCGUCGUGGUCCCCGUGCCGCCUCCGCCUUGCUCCCCGCCGGCGGGGGAGGCACCGGCACGCGCCGCCACUCCGAUCACCGACGGCGCGUUCGCGGCGGCCCUGCAGGCACGCUGCGCCGCCACGAGCCACGCGGAAGAUGCCGCGCUGUCCAUCGCGACGAGCGCUGUCCCGUCCGGUGCGACGAACGCCGGCGACGACGGCGGCGGCGUCGACGACGCAAGGCCACGGCUGCCGACAACGCCGACUGCGCCGUCUGCCGGGGAGGCGGACGAGGGCGGCGGCAAAGGCGGAAAGAACGGCAGGGAGGGGAAGGAGGAGGAGAAAGAGAGAGGAGGGCGGAGGAAGAGCGGCUCGGAGUGGCGGCGUGGGAGCCCGGGGCGGAGGGAAGGGCUGCGCUCGGGGGACCGGGGCCCAGCGGGGGCCGUAGCCGCGGCGGCAGAGCCGAGCGGAUGCGCCGCCGCCAAACUGGACCUGGGCUCAGACGGCGGGGUGCCAGGCGCGAGCUCUAUGCCGGUGGCAGUGCCACAGGCGGCGGGGGGCCCUCUCGACGCGCCCCCACCUCACACAUUCCAGCCCAUUAAACCAGAGGGCUCCCAAGGGUUCGAGGACAUGUUUGAGUUUGCGAAAGACGUCGUGGACUCGGAGCUACUGAAGGAGCUGAUGUCUGUAGACACCUUCUCCCCACUGCUGCGGCUCUCCCCGCCGCCCGGCGACCAGGACUAUUACUUCAACCUGGACGAGAGCGAAGGCCUGUGCGACCUCUUCGACAUCCCGCUGCUCGACCUAUGAGGAGGUCGUCCCCCGCUCACUCGCUCGCUCGCUCGCUCGCUCGUCUGCUACUUGUCCCCUCACCUCCUGGCCACGGGGCCCUCUGCCCACAUUCAUUCCCAACCAUCGGCUCGCCCUCACGUUGGCGCGGGUGACGAUUCGUCAUCGGCACGGGUGACGAUAGCCAUUCGACGUGUUGUCGUGAUUCGGUGGGGUGGGGGGCCGCGAUUGGAUUGAAGAAUCGAUAAUUUUUUAGUCUUUGUACCGUCUCGCCUCAUUUGUUAUUGUCUCCCUCAAUGUCUCCCGUCAACCUCAUUUUUAUUGUCUGUCACUUGUAUUGCACCCGUCACUUCUGCCAUCUCGUUUGUACUGUGUCUGAAUGUACGAUCUGCUCACUUUCAACUCGACGCCCCCCGCGUGGCGUGAGUGUACAACAGAGACGACUCCGAUCAUGGAAGCGAUCACCUUGUUACGCGCCUACCCUCGCAUUCACCCACCCCCUCCACCCACAACAACCCCCCCCCCCUCCACACUACACCCGAGUCGGAGCAAGCCUAAAACUCCCUUCUCUUGAGCUGCACUGCCCGUAACGAGCUGCGGCCCAAGGCCUGGCCACAGCCGCUUAAUUUUAAGCACUUAACUGUUUUUAGACCUUCACCUAAUGAUUUCAUAGCAAUGACGAGUGGUUCUUUUUAGUUUAACGAGAUGGUGCCAGAUGCCUCUCCGACCCGUUGGAAUGUUCAGUGUCCUGCCCAUGUGUCUGUUGUUCUCUGUCCUGCCUUUUGGUACAUUCACUGUCCUGGCCAUGGCCUGUAUGUUCACUGUCCUGCCCAUGCGUGUGUGUGUGUGUUCACUCUCCUGCCCGCUUGUAUAUUCACUGCCCUGCCCGUGUGUGUGUGUGCUCACCGUCUUUCCCUUGUUGGCAGAGUAGGGGGCACACGUGAUGCAUCUGCUAUUCAUCUGAGUCAGUCAACUCAUGACACCUAGAUGUGUCCCAUGACCUUCCGCCAGGCAGCCCCAAAUGUCACCUAGCCUGGCACAGGCACCGUGGUGAUGUCACCACUACUUGGUGGUGAAUGGCAGUUGCCCAUGUGUGUAUAUUCAAGCCUGCCCGGGUGUGUGUGUUUACUGUUCUGCCCAUGCGUGUAUAUUCACUCUUCUGCCCAUGUGUGUAUAUUCAGGCCUGCCCGUGUGUGUAUAUUCAGGCCUGCCCGUGUGUGUUGACUGUCCCUCUCGCAUUGUUUUAUACCAGACUCUCGUAAUUAGCUCGGGACCGCACCCCGCGUAGACGGUCCCAUUUUGUAUAUUAAUACGGUAACAGUAAAGGCAUAUUUUUCUACUUUAAAAUAAGCAGCGCGCGUAUGUGUGUCUGUGUUGUGUGUUUAUAACAAAUGGCGAGGGCCGCAGUGUCCCUGUGUGUGUGUGCGUGUGUUGUCACUGCUGCGGUUUUAUCAUUGUAAUCGGAGCGUCGCUUUGGCCGUGUGCCCCACCGCACGGUGGUGAGGGGGCAGUGGGGGGGCAGCUUUUUGGCCGUGGGAGAUGAGAACCCUGCAGGACGGUCACGAAGCUGCUCCGAGUCUUCUUCUCGUAAAAGAAGAGGCCUUGCGGCGAAGCACGGGACGUGGCUCCGGACACUUAUUGGGAAGACCGAGGCCGUCGCUGCUCGUGCCACACCCUGAUGACCGCCACGUGUGGCGCUGACCGACCAACCACCGCCCCUGCCGCUGCCUUUAGAUUUCACAGAGCAAGGAAUGUACUGACCCUGGCCACACGGGGGUGCCAAGGUUGGCUCGUGAGACUUGUCGAGUGGCCUACGGCACUGGCCAGACCUGCCGCUGUCACCCGCCCGCUCUUGUGUGGGCCGGCGAGGAUCAGGUGGUGGAUGACCAAUUGGCGGUGCCACUUUUUUUUUUAAGUGGUCGGAGGCUGCCACUGUUAUGGGGGCGUGGGGGGGGAGCUAAGGUUACGGCAUUUAUUUCCCCAGGGGUAUUAAAAGCCAGUUUUUUUGUGAGGCGUCGUAGCCGAGUGGCACGGAUCACUGUAGCAAAGGAUGCAAAUUCGAAUGCCCAAAUUGUGCAGCAUUGCUCCUUAAAGUUACAACAACUUCAAAUGUUGUAAUUGAUACUCGCUAAUGUUUAUCGAGUAAUAAUUAUAGCAAACAAAAAUAUUUUAAUUUAAAAAAUCCAACGUUGUGACGGGAAUUGCAUGUUCUUCCCUGCGGCGAGUGCUGCCCUCAGGUGGUUACCGCCUCUCCGAGAAAUGCUAGGUUCAACACCAGUUUGGGAUGCUCCGGUGUGGAGUGUAAAAGUCAUCUCGAGUACGUAUAUUGCAUUCUCGGUGCAACGUAGGUAUUGCGUUAAUACGUUUUAUUUUGACUGCUGCGCAGGCCGCUCACUUACCCCGUGAGCAUUUGCAUUUUUAGUGGGGAGGGUUCAAGUCUGUUGGUUACCAAUUGCAAAGGGGGGGGG